AUGGCGCCGCAACAAAAGGGCUUCUCGUGGUCCAACAUUGCGGUUGGGUCCAUCAUGAACAUCGUCGAGGUCACAACCCUCGGCCAGCCGCUCGAGGUGGUAAAGACACAAAUGGCGUCCAACCGUCAGCAGACGAUGAUGCAAGCCCUCAAGACCGUCUCGUCUCGCGGCGGCAUCCUCGGUUUCUACCAGGGUCUCAUCCCAUGGGCGUGGAUCGAAGCCUCUACCAAAGGCGCCGUUCUCCUCUUCACGGCUGCCGAGGUCGAAAAAGUAGCCAAGACGUCCGGCUUUUCCUCCGGCACAGCAGGUCUGUUGGGCGGUAUGACCGGUGGUAUCGCCCAAGCCUAUGCGACCAUGGGCUUCUGCACCUGCAUGAAGACCGCCGAGAUCACGCGUCACAAGCAGGCCGAAGCGGGAAUCAAGCCCCCUUCCACCUGGGCCGUCUUUGGCGACAUCUACCGCCGUGAAGGUCUGGCCGGUAUCAACAAGGGUGUCAACGCCGUCGCCGUUCGUCAGUGCACCAACUGGGGUUCUCGAAUGGGUUUUGCUCGUCUCGCCGAAACCCCCAUUCGCAGCCUCAGCGGUAAGAAGGAGUCCGACAAGCUCAAUGCGGCCGAACGAAUCGCUUGUUCUUCUAUCGGCGGCGCCCUCGCCACCUGGAACCAACCCAUCGAGGUCAUCCGUGUAGAGAUGCAGUCCAUGGCCAAAGCGACUCCCGGCAGCAACAGACCAGAAAAGUUGACCAUCGGAAACACGUUCGCCUACAUCUACAAGGAGAACGGCAUCAAGGGGCUUUACAGGGGUGUCACCCCGCGUGUAUUCCUGGGUAUUUGGCAGACCAUCUGCAUGGUCAGCUUUGCUGACUAUGUGAGGGAGUUCAUUGCUGCCAAGUAA